AUGUUCAACAAUGCUUAUUUUUUUCUUUUUAUUUUGCUUAUUUUUUUUUUCUUUUUAUUUUGCUUAUUUUUUUCUUCUUUUUUAUUUUGCUUAUUUUUUCUUUCUUCUUUUUUAUUUUGCUUAUUUUUUCUUUCUUCUUUUUAUUUUGAUUAUUUUUUUCUUCUUUUUAUUUUGCUUAUUUUUUCUUUCUUCUUUUUAUUUUGCUUAUUUUUUUCUUCUUUUUAUUUUGCUUAUUUUUUUCUUCUUUUUAUUUUGCUUAUUUUUUCUUUCUUCUUUUUAUUUUGCUUAUUUUUUUUUAUUUUUUUUAUUUUUUUUUUUUUUUUAUUUUGCUUAUUUUUUUUUCUUCUUUUUAUUUUGCUUAUUUUUUUUUCUUUUUUUAUUUUGCUUUUUUUUUCUUCUUUUUAUUUUGCUUAUUUUUUCUUUCUUCUUUUUAUUUUGCUUAUUUUUUUCUUCUUUUUUAUUUUGCUUAUUUUUUUCUUUUUAAUUUGCUUAUUUUUUUCUUUCUUCUUUUUAUUUUGCUUAUUUUUUCCUUCCUUCUUUUUAUUUUGCUUAUUUUUUUUUCUUCAAGACCAGCACACUCAAACGCUCGGUCACGAUGACUUGUGA